AAUAUAGAUUUCUAGAUAACUCCGACUGUAGAGUCUACACGUGCAUUACAUUGGUCUUCUCAAUUUCGAUUGUCUUGUGUUGUCCCUCAGUGAAGCGAAAAUAAUUCGCCGAGAGGUGAAAAUAUUUGUAAAUUGUAAGAUUUUGAAAAUAACAAAAUGGCAGCUUCAGAAGAAGUAAAUGCAAAAGCAUACCCAUUGGCUGACCAAAAGCUUACAGAGCAGAUUUUGGAACUUGUCCAACAAGCUUCAAAUUAUAAGCAGCUGAAAAAAGGGGCCAAUGAAGCUACUAAGACUCUUAAUCGAGGCUUGGCAGAAUUCAUUGUGUUGACAGCAGAUGCAGAACCAAUAGAAAUCUUGCUUCAUUUGCCUCUGCUAUGUGAGGAUAAGAAUGUUCCUUACAUUUUUGUGAGAUCUAAGCAAGCUCUUGGAAGAGCUUGUGGUGUUUCAAGACCUGUUAUUGCCUGCUCAGUCAUACAAAAAGAGGGGUCUCAGUUGAGGAAUCAAAUUCAGGCCAUUCAGCGCAGCAUUGAACGACUUCUCAUUUAAUGUUUUGUUGUAAAUAAGGUUUAUACCAUUGUGGUGUGUGAGAUUUUGUUGAACGGAUGAAGUGAGGUUGCUUUGUUUUCUGUUGUAAGUGAAUAUCAUCUCUAAACAUUCAAUUAUAUACUUUUCACCUUUUAUUUUGUGUCAUGUACAAGUAUAUUGUAUCUUUUUCCUUUUUUUUUUUUUU